AUGACUCUUGGCGCCUCUCCUGCCGGCCUCCUGCUCCUCGCGCUUGCCCUCGUUUGCGCGGCGGCGAUGAUGAAGGCAGCAGCGGACGGCGACACCACUGUGAAAACGACCACACUGCAUCAUGACACGCUCAACGCCGCAGCGUACGGAGAUGACACCGCAGCGUACGGAGAUGACACGCUAAACGCCGCAACGUACGGAGAUGACACGCUCAACGGCGCAGCGUACGGAGUGGCCAAACCGGCGAGCAAGAGCGACCCGAAGAGGGCUCUCGUGACCACCAGCAGCAGCACCUCCACCGGCGCCAUCAGCAGUGGAGCUGCGAGGGAGGAGGUCAACGCGAGGAGGGCGCUCGCGACGACCCCCAGCACCCCCACUAGUAGCGUGCAGGUUGCGACGGCGGUGGUGGUGGGCAAGACGCGGCUGGACUUUACCAAGCAGGUGUGCGUGAGCGUGCCCAAGAAGGCGCGGCAGAAGAGCGCGACGGUGUGGUGGAAGGGCGGCGGGGAUUCCAGCAGUGCGUUGCCGGGUGGUCAGUGCGCGAAGGUCAAGUUCUUCAGUAAGGCUGUCUGCCAAGGCCUGGCGUUGGACAGUAUCGUCAACCCGCGCACGUCUGGGUUCCCAAGCACACAGAAGAACAUCCUCAAGUGGUCUUCAGUGGCGUCGGUCCUCUGCGAACUGAAAGUCGACUCCAGUGAUCCUGCGUGUGCGGCAUUGGGCUGCGACCCUGGUGGCUCCUGUCAGGUGGAUCAGAGCGGCGAGCUUUUCUGCCAGUGGGACUCUCCCUGUGGCAGCUGCCCCAGAAGAGCCACUUGCAAAACAACAUAUAAUUAUAAGAAGUAUGUGCCACCGGUGCCAGUGCGGUACUGCGAGUGCCCUGAAGGAUCCUUAGGGAUGAAUGAGGCUUUCUGUCAGGCGAGCCCCGGACGCGCCUCUGCUUUCACCUUCACGGUCAUUGCCAAUGAAACAGCCAAGGACAAAGCUUCUCGGCCCUACACUUUCCGCCUCGACAACAACGUGUGCACGCAGCUCCCGGAUGCAGUGGCGGGGAAGGUCACAGCAGCCUACUACAUUACAACCACCAACGACUACUUACCGCUUUGCCCGAAAGUCAGGAUUUACCCGUCAGAUCACUGUUUCGACGAUGUCUUCGCAGAAUGGGACUUCGGCUCACGGAUUGUGACAUCUUAUUCGUCGUACCAGGAUUUAAUGAACGCAGGGGACGAAUCGGCAAAGGCGCUCCGAAAUAUGCGCUCGGCAGUUUGCCUCGUAGAAGGCCGCAACACGUAUCCUUAG